AUGACUACCUCAGGGCUGCUGCUGCUGUUUGCCAACGCCAAACUGAAACAACAGAGCCAUCACUCCUCGGUGCGAGUGAAAUGGCUGAGCCAUUACUCCUCGGCGCAGCAGAUACUGCUGGUCGGAGAAGGGGACUUCUCCUUCUCGCUCGCGCUCGCCAAUGCCUUCGGCUCCGCCGAUAACCUCGUCGCCACCUCCCUCGACUCCUACGGUCUUCCCUUUCCCUCCUCCUCCCCCGUCUUGUUCUUGCUGGUUUCACACGUACACCCGAACGUUCUUGUGGUUUCUCGAAAGAUGAGGUUUCUCUCCCUGUGCAUCAUUGAUUUGAUGGAUGACCUGCUGCAAAAGUAUUCCAAAGCGAAAUCGAACCUGAAGAGCCUGCGGGAGAUGGGGGCGACCACGCUGCACGGAGUUGAUGCUACGACAAUGAAGUUACAUAGCGAGCUGACGAUGCGAAGAUUUGAUCGGAUCGUCUUCAACUUCCCACAUGCAGGAUUCAGAGGAAACGAGGGCCUGAUGCCGGUGAUCGAGUACGUGCCUUGA